UGUUAGGGAGGCAUCUCAGUGACGUCAUUGUCCGGUGCAGUUUAUGUUAUGUGGCUGCUGCUACAGAUGUCCACAUUCCAUGUGGUGACUACUGGCAAGAUGGGAGUCGUACGAUUCGUCGUUCCUUUCCUCGUGGUUGCCAACAUCUGCAUUGCUGAGAAAGGCAAGGGCGGAAACUGGAUCGAAAAGCAGGCGUCGAAUCCAUUUUAUUUGGCGCUGGCUCAAAUUGCUGCUUCACAGUCAUCUAAGGACAACAAUCUUCCACACUACUACACGGUCAAAGAGCUUCUUAAAGUUCAAAUGAAGACGGCUCCUGGUGUUACCUACAAGCUGAAGAUGAAGGUAGCGGAAUCCAACUGCACGACCGACACAGCAUACAAUAAGAAGACUUGUACGCCAAAGAGUGGUGCCGAAGACAAGACCUGCACAGCUGUCAUCUACAUUCCUCCAGGGAAGAAGAAUGCGCUUCUCUCUAAAGAGGUAACCUCGUUCAACUGCAAAGGAAGCCGUAAGCAACGCACGAAGGCCAGAAGACCAUCACAAUAAAGCGUUGGCAUA